AUGGGCCAGAGCCAGUCCACAGGCGCGAAUAAAGACGAUGCCGGGGGUGACGACCGCCGAGCUGACUACUACGAGCUUCUCGGGGUGGAACGCGAUGCCUCGGACGAAGAUAUCAAAAAAGCCUACCGCAGAAAAGCCUUGGAACUGCAUCCCGACCGAAACUAUGGCAAAGUAGAAGCCGCAACGAAACUAUUCACCGAGAUCCAAUGCGCAUACGAGGUCCUUUCCGAUCCUCAAGAACGAGCAUGGUACGACACGCAUCAAUAUGCAGAAAUCUCCGACGAUGGGCCAGUUCAAGGAGGAGGAGGACAGCAGCAAACUGCUACUCCGGGUGGGUAUCGAAUGACAGCCGCCAACAUACUGUCGCUAGUAUUGAACUUCAACCCUCAUAAUAUGGAAUUCUCCGACUCUCCGAACGGCUUCUACGGCGGGCUCAGGGACGUCUUUGAUCAGAUCGCACAGGAUGAAGGGGUAGCGGCGCGAUGGGAUGAUAGCUCUGCUCCUCCGGUUGACUAUCCGAGUUUUGGUAGCAAGGAGGAUUCCUUCGACGAUGUCGUGCGCCCCUUUUACGCUGUCUGGACAAGUUUCUCAACGAGAAAGUCCUUUUCCUGGAAAGAUAAGUACAAGUACAGCGAAGCGCCGGAUCGUCGCGUGCGCAGGCUCAUGGAGAAGGAGAACAAGAAGAUGAGAGAGGACGGAAUUCGGGAGUACAACGACGCCGUUCGCUCGUUGGUGGCAUUCGUCAAAAAACGUGAUCCGCGAUACAAAGUCAAUAUCCAGACCGAGGCUGAAAGGCAGAGUAAACUUCGCGAAUCUGCCGCUGCGCAGGCGGCGCGAUCUCGCGCUGCGAACCAGGCGAAGAUGCAGGAUCAUGUGAUACCAGAAUGGGCUCGGACAGCAGCAGAGAUAGGAACGGACGAGUGGCAUCAGGAGGGAGACGAGGCGUUUUUUAGCAGUUCGGAGUCGGAGGUAGAGCAUUUUGAGUGCGUGGUUUGCAACAAGACUUUCAAGAGUGGCAAGCAGUUUGAGGCGCAUGAACGCAGCAAGAAGCAUAUUAAGGCUGUCAAGCAGCUCCGUAAGGAAAUGCUGAUUGAAGAUGAUGAGCUCAAUCUCGUCGAUGAGUCGGAGACGGGGCAGAGGCUGGACCAGGAGGAGAAAGAGAUGCCUACGUCUGUUGUUGAUGAGCCUGCUGUUGUUGCAGAGACACGGUCAGUUACAGAUGACGACGACGACGACGACAAAAGUCCUAGUCAUGAUAAUGUCCCGGUCGAAGCAGCUUCUACAUCGCGAUCUCCAUCUCCAUCUCCAUCCGCCUCAGAAGCAGAGGAUCAAGAUUACAUCGAUCGAGAGGACAAACCCGUCAACGACGACGAAGGAACCAAACCAAAGCUGGGAAAAGCCAAGCAAAAGAGAGCUAAGAAACUAGCAGCGCAAGCAAAGCAAGCAAACCAGAACGAAUCUGUUCUCGCAUUUACGAGAAACCGGGCAUGCUCAAGCAGUUCUAAUGACACAGUCAAAACAAAAGAAGAAGGCAAAGUCUAA